CAAAAUCCCCUCCAGUCCUCCUUCUGCCACACAGACGCUAAGUCAUGGCGAGUGAUGAGCAGAAAGCAGUCCUGAUCACAGGCUGCUCCUCCGGGAUUGGUCUUCGACUCGCAGUACUUCUGGCCCAGGACGCUAAGAAACGCUACCAUGUUACCGCUACCAUGAGAGACCUACGGAAGAAAGACAAGCUGGAGCAGGCGGCCGGCGAGGUGCUCAACAAGACCCUGAGCAUCCAGAGGCUGGACGUGUGCAGCGACGAGUCGGUGGCAGAGUGCCUGAGCAACAUGAAGGACGGGAGAGUGGACGUGCUGGUAAACAACGCUGGGGUGGGCCAGAUCGGGCCCAUCGAGAGCUUGAGCAUGCAAGACAUGCAGAAGGUGUUCGAGACAAACUUUUUCGGGGCGGUGCGGAUGAUAAAAGCCGUGGUGCCGGAGAUGAAGAAAAGGAAGAGCGGGCGCAUCAUCACGAUGAGCAGCGUGAUGGGGCUGCAAGGUGUUGUCUUCAAUGACGUCUACGCGGCCUCCAAGUUCGCAGUGGAAGGGUUCUGUGAAAGCCUUGCUGUCCAGCUGCUGAAGUUCAAUGUGAACGUGUCUCUGAUCGAGCCGGGCCCUGUGAACACAGAGUUUGAGAUGAAGCUGAUGGAGGAGGUUGGGAAGUCCCAGUUUCCGGGUGCCGACGCAGAAACUGUCCGCUACUUCAAGGAGGUCUACCUGCCUGCUUCCCAUGAGAUAUUCACCACCAUGGGUCAGAGCCCUGACGCCGUCGCCAAAGCAACGAUGAAGGUGAUUGGGAUGAGGCAGCCGAGGCUGCGCUACCAGACCAACGCGCUGUACACGCCUCUGGUGGCUCUGAAGUACGCGGACGAGUCAGGGAGCCUGUCAGUGCGCACCUUCUACAACCUGCUCUUCAACCUCGGACCCCUGUUCCACCUCAGCAUGAACCUGCUCAAGUGCGUCACCUGCAACUGUUUCAGGAGGAGGACGGUGUCUUCCAGCUGAGAGUGGAGCCCCUUAGUCAAGGAGAGGCUGCGGUGGCGGCCCCAGCCUCCAGAGGGCGCUGCCCAGACGACUGGAGAACAAAGGCCAGUCCUUAUCAACCCAUAAGCCCGCCUCAAGUUUCGCUGCAUCCAAUUAGUGUGGCGGGCAAACGCUAUAGAAUUAACGAAUUUAAUAAAGUCGAAUGAAACCUGCUAAAUAAGGUUAACAUAUUGAAUUGCAUACCGCUUUGUAGUUUUCCCAUACACUUAACAGAAAAACUGACAGUCGAAAAAUGGGACCUUUUUAAAUCUAUCACGAAACACUACUGUUAUGGCUGCCGGACGGUAGACUUUUGUGAUGUCGUUUUGUAGUUUAUUUGAUUACAUGAUGUUAAAUAAAAGAUCGAUUCAAAGCAAUGUAACAAAGGCCCACGCUCAUAAGAAAAACAAAUCAAAAAAGUCAUUUUCAUUAUUUAUUCUUCAUUAUUUAUUCUUCAUUAAAAGUUCUAAUCCAUAAGGAAAAUCACAAACAUGUUUCAGCCAAAAAAGCCUUCAUCGGUGUGUUUAUACAACUUCAAUACCUUGAUUUAAAUACACUGAGUUUAACAGGUAAUUACAUUGAAGUAAAGUGUUAGUUCCUGGGCACAAAACACAAAUCACCAAUUGAUUUGCCACACCUCGUGUGUGUGAGCAGUUGAGACAGCAUUACAAACACAAAUCAAAUGCUGGACAAGCCAUUUCAGUACGGACAAAAGUUUUGCAACCCCUAGAAUGUUAGGACUGAGAUACCAUUUAAAAAAAAAAGCCAGAUUAACAUAAUUUAGAUCUUUUAUUUGCAAUCAAAGAAGCUGCAAAGGGGUGUGUAAUUCAAUAUGGUAAAUAAUUAUUCGGCAGGUUUCAUUCGACUUUGAGAAGCAAACUUAGUUCAUUCUAUAGGGUGAUGCAAAACUUCUGGCCAGAGCUGCAAGGACGAUUCGCUAAUCCAGACACGGUCAUGUUUCAGGAUGUUGAAUCGGUGUAAAUCUGCAGCACCUGAAAACAAAGCUACACUAUGAAAGCUGCUAAACAAGUUAUUGGAGACAAAGGGACUGCCUAACUAUUACCCCCCCAGCAAGAUCCGUGGGGGGGGGUUUAGGUACCUGUAAUUAUCCAAGUCGCGGGAAACGCACCGCCAAAAUGAGUCUCCCUCCCUCGCAAUUAACUUCCCGUUACAGUAAGUGGAAAAGUAUUCUAGAUAACAUCUCACGGAGUCCCACGGCGUGUUUUUAUGUCUACUCGCAUGUUCAAUGAUUUGUAGGAAUCCGCCUGAAGCUAAAAAUGACAUUCGUUACGCGGACCUUAGAAAGACAAAUAAACCGGCAUGCUUUGACACUUUUUUUUUCCAUGCACUUUUCCUUAUUUGUACUUUGGUUGCAAAGCGUGUCUGUGAACGAAUUCAUAUAUAAUAUAAAAUGACAUGUAUAUUUUUUUUCGGUUGGAACUCACUGUGUGUACAUUAGUAUGGAAUUGUUAUUACUGGAAACACACUGACCGCUUUGUAAAUACCCUAAGAGGUACUUUCUAUUUGACUGUGUUACAUAUUCCCUUGUGUUGCUACAACUGUUUACGUGAGGUAUAUGUAUUCCCUGGUCACCAGAGGGCAGUACAGAGCCUCCGUUGUAUUUUCCACCCUGCUCAGUUUGGCCCAGCUCUUAUUAGGACCUGCAGAUUCUUCCACCCUUCUGUACAUUCAAGUGCUGAAGACUAUUACAAGCGCAGUGUCUUCAUAGUGAAAGGCAUGGUGUCCUUUUAUCUUUCAGUGACACAGCCUCUUAUAACAUAAUGCAAUCCGCAGCGUUUUAUAUGACAGGAGAAUCUAGUCUGUUAGAUUUUCUCUCCAGGGGGCAUUUCAGAUCUGUACCAAGUUUGCAUGCUCUUCACAAGUAUGUCCUGGGUCAGCAUAUACUUAGAAACUAAAAUCACAAACCUGCUCAAAAUAAUUAAUCUACAAAGCUGCAAUGGGCUGAUGAGUAUGAGUAUUUAAGCACAUUCCACCAUCAAGUAUUUUGCUUUCUAAAAACAGAACUCGGUCUAAUUGAUAGCACAGCACACGGGGUGAAAUGUAACAAAGGUUUAUCGUAUAUAUUUGAAAAGCAGCCCGAUAUCCACGGUCACACUUGACAUAACCGGCGAUUUUGCAACAGAGAUUUUAAAAGUAAGGUCAGUUUGGGGUCAGAUGUCAGAUCAGAGAGAGCAUUCAGUGCACCGUGAGAAGAUAUAUUUUUAGCAGCCAGUAACGUCAGCACUAUACAUCAAUUCUUUUUUUUUCUAAAAAUAAUGCCAAACUAUUUUUUUUUGGGGGGGGGGGCAGUUACUUUAACAGCUCCUACUUUUACAUGCAUACAUCCAUGAGUUUCAGAAGAGUUUACAGUCGGUCAAUCGUUUGCACUUCUUUUAAAAACUACAGGUCCUUAUUCAACAGCACCAUUUCUAUAAAGGGAAUACAAUCAUUUGUGUUCAAAUCUAGCGAGAAAUUAAUCACGCAUAACAAUUUACAAGUCACUGACUGCAACGAAUCUGUCUCUUGCUAGUCUGAGAGCAUUAACAAUGUUGUGCCUAGUGAUUAGACAUGAGUUAGAGCAAUGUUGGAGCCACAAUGGUGCUUUAAACUUUAAGACAAUCACCAGGUUAUGAUGAUUGGAACAUGAUGUGCAAGGCAGGGAUUGAAAUGAAACUCAUUGCAUAGCAAUUCCAUUCCUGGUUUCACUAUGAGUUUAAUAAGACCCGCCUGUUACCUAGCACAUAUUAAAACCUGGAACUGGGUGAAACUGCUAUGCAAUAGGAGUCUUAUUCCCAUUCUUGCAAAGACAAAUUAAUACUAAUGCGCCCGUUCAGAUGGUAUUUCAGACUUGUCCCAAGGUGCUCCUUCGGUUUUGCACAGUAGUUUUCAUCCUGUUCUUUCGAAAUGCCAGAUCAAAACACUUGUCAUGUUCUCUAAACUUCCUCCCAGGAUAUAAUCUAUUCCUCUGUCCUGGUAGCCUUCAAACGUCUUCGAUAAUCAGCUCAUGUCAAAACAACAGAUUUUCAGUGCGAGGAGCCGUUGGAAAGACUGCUAGAAAAGUAAGCAAAGAAAUCAGUGGUUUCCGCAUACUGUCACACGCUGGGGUUUUGAGUAUUCUCUGUGAUGCCUCCAUCCUACAUUGCUAGCUGGUGCAAAACAUUUGGCCAUAGCUGUAUAAUUCUAUUAUGUGAAUGGGAAAGUUUUAUGUUGAUGAAGUAUCAUGCACAGUAGUUAUAUAAUCUGAUAGGAAGCAGCCCCUAUGUUCUUGUAGUUGCUGUUUUAAGAGUUUACCACAGUCAGUUUUUUACGGUACUUUGCAGUUUCCCUAUACUUAUGCAAUGCAUAUACCAUAGUUUACCCUGUCUUGCCAUUUUUUUAACAUGCUUUACCAUACCCCUACUGUGCUUUACAAUGCUUACCUAAGCUUUACUAUACAACACCUCGCUUCUUCUUUUACUGAAAUACACCACACAGCUUAAAUCUCAGAAUCCCCACUGGAGAGAGCCUAAUUCAAUCAGGGACAGCAAGCUGAGCUAAUUACCAUACUAGACGCAAUUAGCAAAUCAAAGUAAAGCACAAUUGUCGAGAGUAAUUUCAUCACUGCAUUAAGGCUCAUUAACUUUACAGGGGAAAGAAAACAAACACUGUUGUAAUUAUUGCAAUUUAUAAUGCCUUGCAUUCAGGAUCCCUUUGAACUUGUAGAUUCAAGUUCUAAAGCAUGUUAGCAAGGAUUGUUUACUACAGGUAAGACUGGUGUUAUUGAGGAAACACCUUUCAGUCAGUGGCACUGGAACAGUUUGUAAAGCGGGGGUGCUGAAAGCCAUUGAACAAAGCCCCAUCGCUGUUGUACAAAGAAAAAAGAAAAUCUACAAACUUCAGCGCAUGAGAGAGGAAAUAAACUGCUGUCCGCGUAACUAUGAAACUAGAGGUGAAUCUCAGGGAGUCAGACGAACCCCCUUUUUCUUGUGAGGCAUAAAGAAUGCGCAGAAACCGUACUCCGCAGGAACUCUGCUACCUCUUCUCCUAUCGGGCUGUUGUAUAAGCUUGAUAAGAAGCUGUCUUCAAGACCCAAGUGUCUCCAGAGAUGAUGCACAGAGAAGCAGCUAUCAGCCACAGCAUUCAGGAACACUUAGCGUUUGCUUACUCUUUAUAAAACAAACUUAAUCAACCAGAAUGACAAGAGUCCAGAAUACUGUACAGCUGUAGCCAAACGUUCUGCAUCACUC